AAUUGUUUUCCUCUUAACAUCUUCUUCCCAUAAGCACGCACACUCAAAUCACACACUUUAGUAAAAUUUUUACCCAUUACCUCCAAAGCUCGUCAUCACUCACCUCCAAAGCACGAAAAAAAACCCUUUCAGAGAAGAUCGAAAACCCUCACCAUAUCACGAAGAUAAAAAACCAUAUGUAUGUAGGGCGAAAUGCUUUAGUGAAUUUUUUCCCUCUUCCCCCAAAGCACAUAUCACCCAGUGAAUUUUUCCCCCUCUUCUCCCUUUCUCCCGCUAUCAUCAUUUCGCAAAAAGCUAAGAGUUCAUAGCUCUGCUACUCCAUCACAUGGCUCUUCUCCUUGCACCAUAUCUUCACACGGCUCUGCUACGCCGCCGCAGCUCUGCUACUUCGAAUGACGCCGCAGCUCUCUUACGUCGCACCACCUCCUCGCCGUGCUCUUCUGCUUUGCUCCGCGUCUCCUUUGCUAAUCAUGCCACCUCUGCUCCGUCUAUCUCUGCUCGAUUCGCUCUCUCAUCCACGAUAGGACUUGAGGCUAAUUUUUCUUACAAAUCAACUCAUUCUUUUCUUGGAUUUGGUGGAAAUCAGAAAGUGGUCAAAGGGAAAAUCCUUAAUUCAUCAACUUUGAAUGUUCUGUAUGAAGUUGAUGGUCAUUGGGAUAGAACAAUAAAAGUGAAGGAUACAAAUAACAGAAAAGCGAGAGUGAUAUAUGAUGCAAAAGAAGUUAUUAAUGGGCUGCAAGCACCAAUUGUUAAGGAUGCAGAGGAUAGUACUUUUGGCAUCCAAGAAGCAGAAAACCUCUAGUGAAAAGUCAAAUACUAAGGGAAAGGCUGCAAGCAAAAAAAACAAACAGAGAAGCCGUCAAAAGCUUCAAUGAAGGAUCAAGCUUUGGGAAUUGCUUUGGUGCUUCAAAUUGGUUUAGAGGGAGUGAUGAUAGUGAUACUGCUGAGAAGCCACGAGAACGGGGUAAUAGAAUUGAGGAUAAUAUUGAAGAUGAUAAUGAAGAUUAAGCUGUUUGUCAUUGUGGUUUAUGGGUUAAGAUGGAGUAAUGUUGAGAAUGGAUACAUGUAUGGUAGAUCAAUUACUUUUAUUAGAAGAUACUUAUAUAGAAUAUAAUAUUUUAGUUUUUCGUAGAGUAUCAGUUGUAAAUUCUAAGUGGUCUCAUGC